AUGGUGGACGAACAAUUAAAUCAUGAUGCAUUAAAUGAACAUAAUCGAUUACGUGCAUUGCAUGGAUGUCCUCCAUUGAAAUAUGAUUCACGACUUGCUAGAGAAGCACAAGCUUGGGCUGAAAAUCUUGCACGUAUGAAAAUUAUGAAACAUAGUAUAUGUGAUGAAUAUGGUGAAAAUUUGGCAACAUCACAAUCUACUGGGAAAGCGGAAAUGACCGGGGCUCGAGCGACACAAAACUGGUACAAUGAAAUUCAUGAUCACAAUUUUGAUAAACAGUUUCAAAGUCAAACAGGUCAUUUUACUCAGGUCAUUUGGAAGAAUACAUCAAAAGCAGGAUUUGGCAUUCAACAUUCAAAUGAUGGACAUCAUGUAUUUAUAGUAGGACGUUAUGAACCAGCUGGGAAUGUAUAUGGUCAAUUUCAAGAAAAUGUACCUCGACCUAUCCAUAGACAGUCAAUUCAGAAAUCCAAUGAAUUUUCUUACAAACAUGAUGAACAAAAUGGUCAACGAAGAACCUAUCGAGAUGAAAUAGUUAUUGUUCGAGAGACCGAUAGAAGAGACAACAAUGGUUUAAGUAAAUCUCUGGAUCAUAUUACAAUGAUAGAUAAUUCUAAACGAAACAGGUCAAAUGGAACUGUACCAAACAGUAACAAAGAAUAUAUAACUCGGACAGAGAAGAAAAGUCAACGAAGAUGUGCAAAGAGGUGUAGUAUUAUGUAA